AUGAAUGGUCCUGUACCUGAGAUUCAGACCGGGCGCAACUCCCCACCGCCGGGCCCGUUCGGCUAUUCCUUCCUUUCUCCGAUGGAUACUCCAUAUGAACAAGCUCCCGCCUUACCCCCGGGACCCUCUCUCCUUGACGAUAACGAAUCCAAUAUGCUCGAUAACUUCUUUACGACCAUGAAUGCAAAUAGCUUUACGAAUGAUUUCUGGCUCAGAUCCCAACAAAACAAAGCACCGGGACUUAACUUCGAUUGGUCCGAUGACCUACCGCCGACCUUUGAAGGCUCGACAACGUCUCUGUCGCAACCCUCAUACCAGCAGCAUGCUCUUGACAAGCCAAACAUGAUGGCGGGAAAUACGGCAGGGUCAGACAUUUAUGCCGCCGCGUCAAUGCUUUACCAUAAUGCCGCCUUAAAUGGGUCAGAUAUCGGUUCUGCGCUCGCUCAGCAGGUCUUCGCGACACAGCCGCUUCUCAACGGGCUCCAUAUCAAUGGAGCCCAUCCCCACCACAAUUCACAGUCGGCUCCUGUUACGCAGGCUAGCGCUUCCUCUGCUUCCAACGACAGUCUACCAACAGGCUAUCAUACCUCUGAAAUGCUCUUCGACGUGCGCGACCCCAUCCCCGCGGAUCAACAUCCAUCUCGGAAGGUUCGUAGCCUCCAGUGGGGUACUGAUAAUAGCUUUAUGGACCAAGGCUAUGUGGCCCCUCCAAAUCAACCGGAUGAGGAGACACGCACCAGAGAGCUAUUAAAUCAUCUUGAUUGCUUCGAGCCACAGACCAGCGCAGCCAACACACGAGCUCCCAGCCCUGAGCGCAUGCCUGGCCGCCAUGCCCAUCACUCUAGCAUCCACAGCAUCGAUAAAGAGGAUGGCUCUCAGCCUCGCAAACGGCAAAGAAUGAUCAAAGAAGAUCCUCUUUCAGAUGACGAUGACAUGAAAAUGCCGGCCCGUAAAUCGCGCACUCCGAGCAACGCGAAAGCGCGCCGUGUAUCAACCAACGCGCCCCGAAAAGCAAGUAUCCCAUCGAACAAUAAGACCGCACGGGAGAAUCUUUCGGAAGAGCAAAAGCGAACCAAUCAUAUUCUUUCCGAACAAAAAAGACGCAAUCUCAUCCGUCAGGGCUUUGACGAUCUUUGUUCCUUGGUCCCUGGGCUGCGGGGCGGGGGCUUCAGUAAAAGCGCCAUGCUUACACAAGCGGCUGACUGGCUCGAGGAUAUCAUGCGUGGUAAUGAUAUGUUACAACGUCAGUUGGUAGAAAUGAAAGGCAUCAAUGGCCUCGUAAUGCCUAGAUGA